CAUCUCUUUAGCGAACCUGGCAACUAAUUUUGACAGCUGUCAGUUUACUGAUAUACAUGUUAAUCAAAACGUGCGUGACUAUAUCUGAAAACUACACGCUGUGUGCCACGUGUAAUUUAGUCCUGCGACUUGGACUUGACGCCAACUCAACUCAAGCAUAGCGGCUGACUGCGGCUGACUCGUGAGCCAGUCGACUGGACGAGCCCAAGAUGGCAGAUACGAUAAACGAGAUCGUGGCCCAAGCCCAGGAAAAUAUUACGGGAAAUGUAAAUGCAACGACCACGAGGGUCCCGUCGACUCCUGAAGGAAUGGCUAUAGCUUAUGGGAGUUUAAUAGUAAUGGCAAUUCUGCCAAUCUUUUUUGGAAGUUACCGAUCCGUAAGACACCACAAGGAACAGCAGAAAAAGUUUGAAGACAGUGGGGAGAAACCAGAAACUUUGUCACAGAAGGAAGCAGUGAUGUUUCCUUUGGUAGCCAGUGGCGCAUUGUUUGGCUUAUAUCUAUUUUUUCAGAUAUUUUCAAAGGAAUAUAUUAAUCUACUCUUGACUGGUUAUUUCUUCUUUCUUGGAGUUCUAGCGCUCUGUCAUCUUACAAGUCCGUUGAUCUCAUCAUUGGUACCAGCCGCAAUCCCAAAGACACAAUAUCACAUUCAUUUUACUGGUGCUAAAGACAAUAAUGUGGAGGACAUUAUUGAUUACAAAUUCAAUCUGCAUGAUAUUGUCUGUCUUAUCUGUUGUUCUUUUGUUGGUGCUUGGUAUCUCAUCAAAAAGCACUGGAUUGCCAAUAAUCUGUUUGGCAUUGCAUUUGCUGUCAAUGGUGUCGAGUUACUGCAUCUUAACAAUGUUGUGACAGGAUGUAUAUUGCUAUGUGGUCUUUUUGUUUACGAUAUAUUCUGGGUGUUUGGUACGAACGUCAUGGUGACAGUAGCCAAAUCAUUCGAGGCACCGAUCAAACUCGUUUUCCCACAGGAUCUCUUGGAGAAAGGCCUGGCAGCUAGUAAUUUUGCUAUGUUAGGUUUAGGUGACAUUGUAGUGCCAGGAAUAUUUAUUGCAUUGCUACUUAGGUUCGAUCACAGUCUCAGUAGGAAAUCCAAUACAUAUUUCUAUGCAACCUUCUUCGCCUACUUUAUGGGAUUACUUGCGACAAUGCUGAUAAUGCAUUUAUUCAAUCAUGCACAACCUGCACUACUUUACCUGGUGCCUGCGUGUCUAGGAACUCCUCUAUUGUUGGCUCUUGUUAAAGGCGACAUCAAAGCUCUCUUCUUAUACGAAGAUCAUCCAUCAAAAUCAAGUGAGGAAGUGCAAGUAGACGCAAAGAAGGACAAGUAAUGAAUAAGUACAUGAAUUUAAAACAGCAUGAUGCGAACACCGGUACGUAAACGUACCGCAAUCUAAUCGUCUGUCAAAUUUAUCUUGUUCUGCGAAAAACUGCCACCUUUCAUAGUGACCAGCUAAUAAUCUUAAAACAUCGCACGAUUACUUUGUGAUCAUGAACAGUGAACUCUUAUGAUUGCAAACAUUAACCUUUCUAUUCGUCGAGUCGUAUUAAUUCUUAAUACAAAAACAAAAAAAAGACAUCUACUGAUGUCUCAUGCUGAUAGCUAAGCUGUAACAUACGUCUCAGAUUGAUAAAUUAUAAGAAUCAAUCUAUCGCAAAUAUUCGGCGAUUAACAAAUUUCUCGCGCACCACGAAUUACCUUCCGUUACGAAUCAUUUGAUUUCGCCAAAGACGGAGGAAUCACGUAGUGAACGAGCAAUGAAUUCUCGUAGAUAAGAAAAUAGAAUUUUCAAUUUAGAUACCAGCAAGGAAAGAAAAGAAAUUAUAAUAAACAAUUACCUCUUAAUCGACGGAAACGUUAUUAAAGGUAGGUAAAGAUAAUGAUGGCGUCCCCAUAAUUUAUUAUCCAAUUAGGCCGAAGUAUGUAGUAAUUACUAUACGAGUCAUUCCAAAUACGAUCAUUAAAUGCUCGAAGACACAAUGAGACGAGACACAGAUCAGAUACGUCAGGAGAAAAUAUUUACUAUAGUUACUCUUUGUGUGAGCAAUCACAUUAGGCGAGGAUUUAAUCGACAUUUAAAAAAUACGUAUAUACAUGCAUCGAGUUCUCUUAGAUGCUUGUAUCAGAAAAUUAAGAUGCUUAUAUAAGAAAAAGUAAAAAUCAGAAAAACCAAAGUCGGCUAAUAGAAUUUUUUUACAAAUAAUACCGACUUCAGCAUCCGCGCGUGGGAUUGAGAGUGCAUGGAUAAUUGUUUGUUAGGUAAUUUUUCUAUGUCCUUUUAUAAUUAGGUGACUUGUCGUUCUUACACCGAUCCGCUAGUGCGUAUGUGCACAUAAUAUUACUAAGUAAUGCAUAAAAGAAUUGCGCGAACAAUGAUCGCUGUAAGUAAAAUGAAGAAGCAGACAAAAACGUGACUCUAGCGCACAAGACCGAAAACAUUUAUUCUUCCAUUGAGGUUUAAGGAGGGAGCUUUUUGAUUAACGUCUUUUGGCACGACACGAUUUAUCUUGUUUCUGAUACUUGAAAAGGUAAUCAAUGAUAUGUCACGUUACUUAAAAAUUGGCUAAGUAAUAAAUAUUAUAAUGUUAAUCUGUAAUUUAUCACUUGUGAUUUUUUUUUGAAACCUUAUGUAGCGUUAUUGAUAAUGUUAUUAUUGGGUUAAAUAGUAAAACUUGCUGUCAAUAUGCGUCUUCUUUUUUGCUCUUUGAUACUAUACACGUAGUGAUUUAGAAAAUUACAUGUAAUUUAAAUAAAUUUCAGACAUUUAAAA